AGAAGAAGUCCCAAAAAAGGUUAUUUUUAACACCAAAUGGAUCAAUUUGCCAUCACCGUUAGUUCAUUUGUGCAUAACUUGGAGAAUCUGCGUUUGCCCGUGAUUCCCUAUAACACUUAUGUGAAGACGGUUUGUAUCGGCAUCCCAAUAGCGGUUUUCCUGCACGACACCUCCAAAUAUUGGAUUCCAAAGUCCUUUAACCUCCCCAUCAUCACCUGGUUCCGCCGACGCUGGCUACAAGAACCCGAUGUAAAGCUCACGCAUCUCCGAAUCAUUCGUGAUUUCCUUCUUUUCGCCUUUUUCAUUGUUCUUCGCAUGGAUUCUAUUGCAAAUGAUGAGGUACAGCCUUCGGAUUAUGUCGAGCAGAGGCUGAUCAGCAGCACUGCGCAGCAUAGCCUUAGUGAGGAGAUUUACAAAGCACGCCAAAACGCCUUUAGCGCCGCGGACGAACUCCUCGGGGAGGUGGAGAUGAAUAUGGCAGGUGUUCAACAGCAACGGGAGGCCGCCCUCCGCCGGCGAUACCUCCACGACAGCCGCCUUUCAAAGUAAUAUAUAUAUAUAUAUAUAUAAAGGAGAUAUACAAGAGAACCAAAGAAACAAGAAAGUGGAAUUUAAUGGAUUAGAGCUCUCCUGAUGAGAUGCGGAGUGGCUCGAUACCCCCCUCCUAUUUCCUUUAUCCUUCAUGCAUUGUUUAUCAGCAUAGGUAUGGAAAAGAAUGAAAAAAGGAUAAAUGUUUCUCCAAACUCACCUUCAAAAAAAGGGGGGGAUAUUUCCCUUUCUAUUUGUGUUUAUGUCUCGUCUGAUGGCGAAAGAGAAUUUGUGGUAUUUUAUUCUUUAGAUAUGGUAGGAAAAUCGCAGAAGAUUUUUUUAAGUUGAAUUAUGCGUACGCAUAAAUAUUAAAAAAAGGCGUGUUAAAAAGUAUCGCAGAUGAUUUCUAAAGCUAACGGAGAAAAGCAGUAAAUGGUCUGAAGAUAUGAAGUGCAUAAAGGGAUAUUUUCAUGCCUAAUAACUGUUAGUCUAACAAUGAAAAUUAUACUGAAAGCUAGCUCAUAUAUGCAGAAAGAAG